AGCUUUCCAAUGUCUCUUUUCUUUUCUUUAACAAUUCAGUUGUUCCAAUGUAAUACUCUUAUAUUUAUAGUUCAUAAACUUUUUAGGGACCUUCCCUCUGAUCUCUAUGAUUCUUCUUGUAUUGUAAACAUUAUCCGAUCCUUUCUUCAAGGGCUAACAACCUAAUCUAUGAAAAUAAAUAAUUCCCCAUUUCGUAUAAAAGGAGUUUUUGAAAGUAACACACGAUAGUUAUUUGCUAUAUAUAAUAUGCUCUAGCCUUUACUCUGAUCUACAGGCCAAAAUACUUUUUCAGGGAUUUUGAAUUUUGGGGUGGUUGGUUAUUAAUGUGGUUAGUGAUUAUUACACAUUAUUGAUUGAAGAAAAUAAUGUUUUAGACUUUUAGAUAAGAUUAAAAAAAAAAAAAGCAAAAGCAAAAGAUGAAUAGUGUCAUGCAAUGAAAAAGGUAGAAACCCCUUGGACUAGUUAAUUACAACUUUAACACAAGCUAACGGAAUCACAUUCGAGAAUGGUUCAAAUAAUAAUACAAGAGUUUUAUCUUAUCAUUUAAUUUCUAUCCCUAUCUCUUUUUCAUGAUAAUUUUGAUACAAUUUUAAUUUCUUAUCAAUGGUUGACUGGGAUAUUUGUGCUUAUCUAUGGUUUUGUUGAGAGAAAGCAGUUUUCUGCUGACAUCUCCUCCAAGUUGGGAAGUAGUUUCUAAUCCCUUUGUCAUUGUGGUGUCUGUUUGUACCAUUCUGACUAUGAUUGCUACCUUGCCUGUUGCACAGCUUUUCUUCUUUCACAUCCUCCUUGUUGAAAAGGGAAUCAGCACUUAUGAUUACAUCAUAGCUCUGACGGAGCAAGAGCAGAGCAACAAGGAGUUGGUGGUCAACAUAACUCAUUAAAAUAUAGACUAUAUUCUUAAAAAUAUAGGAUUUGUAAUUAAUACAUUUUCUUGCAGAACUAAAUAAUGCAUAUAUAGAUGCACCAUAUAGUACACAACAAAAUUGCUACCAUGAAUCAAAAUAAAAUAAAAUAAUUAGUCCCUUUUAAUUAUUUUUCA